CCGCAGAACCUGGAAGAAGCUCUGGGAGCUGCGAGGCCACUGAGGCUGGGUUUAAUUUAGYGCUGAGGGGCUCGAAGUGGACCGAAGCCCGACUGGAUUAAUGUGGACGCGGCAGCGCGACGUGCCAGCCGGGCCACACCGACCGAACCGAGCCGACACGGCGGCUAAGAGCUGCUGCUAACCGAGCCUCCAUCUGUUAGCAAAGCAGAGACGGAGCCUCUGUGCAGCCAGCGGAGUUUGUAGCUCAYACACUGCACUUCUUACACCACACCUGGUGGAUGAAUGAUGUCUGCCGCCAGUAUCGACCCUCAGACAUCAAAGGGACAAGAUGCAAGCAAGGCCUUUCCAGUGUCGGUGCAGAAUGGCUCCCUCCAUCAGAAGGACACCGUGCAUGAUAAUGACUUUGAGCCCUAUCUCACCAACCAGUCCAGUCAGAAUAACAGCUAUCAAUCAAUGACAGAUCCUUACCUGUCCAGCUACUAUGCCCCCUCUAUCGGAUUCCCUUACCCUCUCAAUGAAGCUCCAUGGUCUACAGGAGGUGACCCACCAAUCCCCUACCUGGCCCCGUACGCCCCCCUCAGUAAUGGAGACCAUCAUUUCAUGCCUGACACAGUGUUUGGGCAGCCCGGUGGGCUCAGCAGCAACAUUUAUCCCCACAGGUUUAACUUUUUCCCAGAGAAUCCAGCUUUCUCRGCCUGGGGCACCAGUGGCUCUCAGGGCCAGCAGACUCAGAGUUCAGCCUACGGGGGCAGCUACAGCUACCCACCCAGCUCUCUGGGGGGCACACUGGUCCCCGAUGGUCAGACGGGUUUCCACAGUGACACCCUGAACAAGGCGCCGGGCAUGAACAGCCUGGAGCAGGGCAUGCUCGGCCUGAAACUUGGCGGGGACGUGACGGGAAACRGCUCAGGUGUGAAGAGUGCGGGCUCUGUGAUAGGUGGGGGCGUGGCUGCGGCUGUUGCCACGGCCAACAGUGGCACACCAAUCGGGAUGCCCCCUCAGAAACCAACAUCAUGGGCGGCUAUUGCUAGUAAACCUGCCAAGAUGCAGCAACAAAAGACAAAGAACAAGCCUUUUGCUCCUUCAGCAGGAGUUCUGCCCCCGCCUCCKAUCAAACACAUGGACAUCGACACGUGGGAUAAUAAAGGCAUCGCCACCAAGAUGGCCGCUCCAUUACCUCAGCAGCACCCGUCCCAGAUCCACCCCCACGUUCAGAGYCUCAUCCCGCCCCUCCAGCAGUCCCUGCAGUCAGCCCAGUCCCUCGUGCAGCAGAUGACCAUGCAGGGUCCUGCUCCGGCACCCCCUCAUUCCUAUCAGAACCACAGUUCUGCUCCCGCGCCGCAGACCCGCUGGGUGGCGCCGCGCAACCGCAAYCUGUGCUACAGCGGCGGCAGCCUGGACAGCAGCAGCUCCUCCAACAACGGCGGCGUGGGCAACGGAGCCGCGCUGGGCGGGGUUGCACCCCCGGAGCCGGGACCGGAGUCCCAUCCAGUGCUGGAGAAGCUGCGGGCGUCCCACAGCUACAACCCCAAGGACUUUGAGUGGAACCUGAAGAACGGCCGCGUGUUCAUCAUCAAGAGUUACUCCGAGGACGACAUCCACCGCUCCAUCAAGUACUCCAUCUGGUGCAGCACGGAGCACGGCAACAAGCGCUUGGACUCCGCCUACAGGGCCAUGAACUCUAAAGGUCCCGUCUACUUGUUGUUCAGCGUGAACGGCAGCGGUCAUUUCUGCGGCGUGGCGGAGAUGUGCUCUCCUGUGGACUACGGCACCAGCGCUGGAGUCUGGGCACAGGACAAGUGGAAGGGCAAGUUCGACGUGAACUGGUUGUUUGUUAAGGACGUGCCUAACAGCCAGCUGCGCCACAUCCGUUUGGAAAACAACGACAACAAGCCGGUCACCAACUCACGUGACACUCAGGAGGUUCCUUUGGAAAAGGCCAAGCAGGUGCUUAAGAUUAUUGCGCAGUUCAAACACACCACCUCCAUCUUUGAUGACUUUUCUCACUAUGAGAAGAAGCAGGAGGAGGAAGAGGUGGUGAAAAAGCCUGUUUCAAUACAAAGUCGAUCCAGAAUCGAUCAGGAUCGUCAGAAGUGAACUGUACGAGACGGCCCCUGAAAGGUCUAUCAACACGUGUUUGGGUUGACUGAAUAAAGCUUAGAUUAAAACAGAAAACACAAGGACAUACAGAAAUAAAAACUAAUAUUUUUUUUUAAUUUAA